AUGGAGUCUGUCCCUUCAACUUCGACAUCUCGGGGGAGGAAGCACAGAGCAUCACUGUCCGUCGAAGAUAUGGAAAAACUAAGAGCAGCAGAUCGACUGCGAAAAUCCCGUAAAAAAGAUGAGGUCAACCGACAGGUGAUUCCAGCGACUAUUCUAUGCGUGUAUUUAUUUGCAGACAUGGAGGUUCGGGAUUGUCGUCGAAUGCCGUUGUCUUCAACUGAACGGUCCAGAAUUCACAGAGCUGGCGAGUCGCUAAAUGCAACAGAACGAAGGCGCAGGUCGGAUAGGAUCAGGGCCCAACAAAAUCGAGCUGCAGAGACCGAACAAGUAGAAGCCGCAAGAAAGGCAAAGAUUGCUGACCGGCUCAGACAGGUUCGAUUAAGUCAAGAGAAUGCUGACCCACCUGAAAUACAAUCCCUGGACAGCUUGGACGAGAUUUCAAUUGAUGAGCAUUACUGUGGGAAAAUGAGUAUAAUUUGUGCCUCCUGCAGCUCCCGAAAUUUUCCGGGAGAGGUCACUUCCAACGACACGUCCUUCACCAAGUGUUGUCAGAAAGGAAAAGUCGGCCUGCCCCCAGUUAGAACAACUGACCUCCUGGAAACUUUAAUGAAAGGUCAACAUGAAAAGAGUAAGAACUUCAUGGAGUACAUCCGGUCAUUCAACAGCUCCCUUGCUUUUGCAUCCGUCGGUGCUAACCUAACAAGUCCCCCUGGUCAUGGCCCAUACUGCUUCAGGAUUCAUGGGCAAAUUUAUCAUCGUGCGGGUACACUACAUCCUGAAGAAGGACAACCACGGAAGUUUGCCCAACUUUACAUCUUGGAUUCCGGCCUUGCUGCUGAACAGCGUUUGUCGCUAACCGAAAAUUCCAAAUGUUCCCCUGAGUUAAUGAAAGAGUUAAGCAGUUUCAUGGCUUUGAAUAAUCCUUUUGCAAAAGCGACAAAAAUGUUACAUGAAGUUGAGAUUGAAGCGGAAGAGGAGGCCAGACAACAAAACCAACCAAAAAGCCUUCUCUUUAUGGCCAUCGUCCAGACAAAGGAAAGAGAUAUCAUACGUUAUAAUGCUCCAAGAGCCAAUGAAGUAGCCAUUGUAUUCCAAGGUGAUGAUGGUGAGCCUCCACUUAAUUCAUCUGAGAAAAGAUCCCUCCAAUCCUUCAGCCCCAUCCACAAGGAGGAUUAG